AUGAAGAGGUUCUACAGACAGAGAAAGAAGAUUAUUAAAAAAACUCCUAAAUCUAAAAAGAAGUCUCGGAUUGCUGCUGAGCGUCACGAUGAUGAUUAUAGUGCAGAAGAGAAGAUUUUGAGGCAAUUUGACAUGAAUAUGAUAUAUGGGCCGUGCGUUGGAUUAACAAGACUAGCACGUUGGGAGCGUGCACAUGAAAUGGGUUUGAAUCCUCCCUACCAAGUUGAGAACCUUUUGAAGAGUGUCACUGUCAAAGUUAAAUCAGAGUGCUUGUGGUAUAAGCGCAAGUAG